UGUUGUUCCAAAUGAAGGCCUCUCCUCCUCUAGAAACAAAGAAUUAAAAAAAUAAUAAUAAAGAACCAAAGAGAGAGGAGACGCAAAACGCAAAAAGCUUAGCAGGUUUUUGUGUCUCCUCUCCUCUCAAAAAGGCUCAGAGAAUAAGAGGGGGAAAAGGGUUUUUGUGUCUCCUCUUCCCUUAAAAAGUCUUAUUCGAGAAUAAGCUGAGAGGAAAAGGGUGGGACCCAUUUUCAUGGAUUACGAGAGUAACAAUUGGAUAUGGGAUGGUGUGUACAACUUCCCGCACCUGUUUGGCGGUCUAAUGCUCACUGCUGCUUUGUUGGGGCUGUCCACCAGCUAUUUUGGUGGAAUUGGUGUUCCUCUUCUGCCGUACUUGUGGUCAGAUUUGGGAAUUUUCUAUAAGAAGAAGCGCGACAAGAAGCGUAUUCGUGUUUACAUGGAUGGCUGUUUUGAUCUCAUGCACUAUGGUCAUGCCAAUGCCUUGAGGCAAGCCAAGGCUUUGGGCGACGAGUUGGUCGUCGGGGUUGUUAGCGAUGAGGAGAUUAUUGCCAACAAGGGUCCACCUGUUCUGUCCAUGGAAGAGAGGCUGUCUCUUGUUAGCGGGCUGAAAUGGGUGGAUGAAGUCAUAGCCAAUGCUCCUUACGCGAUUACCGAGCAGUUCAUGAAUAAACUCUUUAAUGAGCAUAAGAUUGACUACAUCAUACACGGUGAUGAUCCUUGCCUACUUCCGGAUGGAACUGAUGCUUAUGCCUUGGCAAAAAGAGCUGGCCGUUACAAGCAGAUUAAACGCACUGAAGGCGUCUCCAGCACAGAUAUUGUAGGAAGGAUACUUUCCUCUACGAAGGAUAAGAAAGCAUCUGAAGAUCUUAACAAUACCUCGUUGAAAGGAUACCAUAAAGAAAGUGGAUCCAAGGGCGCCCAUUUAUCUCAAUUUCUACCGACAUCCCGGAGAAUUGUGCAAUUCUCUAAUGGAAAGGCACCUGGACCGAAUGCUCGGGUUGUGUAUAUUGAUGGAGCAUUUGAUCUCUUUCAUGCUGGACAUGUUGAGAUCCUGAAGAAUGCGAGGCAGCUUGGAGACUUUUUACUGGUUGGCAUGCAUGAUGACCACACCGUGAGUGAACACAGAGGGAAACACUACCCAAUUAUGCAUUUACACGAACGAAGCCUUAGCGUGCUGGCUUGCCGCUACGUCGAUGAAGUCAUCAUUGGUGCACCUUGGGAAGUUACAAAGGAUGUGAUAGCUACAUUCAAUAUUUCGUUGGUUGUGCAUGGGACAAUUUCCGAGAGCGAUUCUCCAUUGACGCGUGAAACUGAUCCAUAUUCUGUUCCCAAGAGCAUGGGGAUUUUUCAGUUGCUUGAGAGCCCCAAAAACAUAACCACUACAUCAGUAGCGCAGAGGAUAAUUGCAAACCAUGAAGCUUAUACGAAACGCAAUGCCAAGAAGGCGGAGAGCGAAAAGAAAUACUAUGCUGAAAAGAAAUACGUCUCAGGUGACUAAUCAGGGUGAGUAGGGAGUUUUCAUGGUAUAGCAAGUUCAUCAUACAGCUUUUGAUUCAUUGAAGAGAGAGGCAUGCCAUUGACGAGAUAGAAAAUUUCUAUUGGUGUCCACAGUUUUUUCUCCCUCUGAAGGAAGAGAAUGAUUACACACAAGAAUACACCCCUCAUCAUACUUGGAUGUACCAUGUUUUUCUUUUUUUCUUUCAUUUUUUCUUUUUUUUGUAACAUUUGAUGUAACUCUUUAGGCCUUAGAAAAGACGCAACUCCCAAUAAUGUCACCCUAAUUCAUGUUUUGUAAUGAGAUUAUGGUAGUGUUUUUUACUCCUCUUUUUAUGGCA